AUGAUAGGGACCAUCCAGCCUCUCCUGAAGUUCACUAGCAUGCGAGUCCUCGAUUGGAUCUUCCCAGGGCAGGUGCACCUGACGGACGCAGACGUGGCGCAUAUCGCUGAAGCAUGGCCGCUCCUUGAGCAGCUGCGCAUCAAGUCACUUUCCAGGGACUACGUAUCUCCUGCUACUCUGAGCAGCGUGUUCGUCGCAGCUCGGCAGUGCCCUCGCUUGGAGCGCCUCACGCUACCCGUCAAUGUGUCACGGCUGCCCAACAUGGCGGGAGAGCCGUUUUACCACACGGAGGACUCGGAGUUUCGCCACGAGCACAUUAAGGUGAUCGAGCUCGGAACAUGCUUCGUUGAUGCGACGAGGCUGGCUGCCAUUGCAAGCACGUUUGCACAGGCGUUCCCUCGCCUGAGGUCAAUACAGCUGGAUUUGCCUAUAGCUGAGGAAGAUAUAGUAGACGACUCUGACGUGGGAUAUCGGACGUUUGGCGGACGGCUUUGCACCGCCAUACAGACUUUGCGUCAGGCUAAAGAGAGCGGACGAAUCGCCUCGUGGACAGACGAAGGAACACUGAAGAUCCUCGUUCGCUACUUUGAGGCUUCGUGGGAUACGGAUAGAAGAGGAGAGUACAAUAGCUGCGACGAAGUCCUGUCUUACCUCUGA